CUGCCGGGGAGCUGUGUAAACGGGAGGCCGGCGUGCUCCCUUCCUCCUCCUCCUCCUCCAGCACGGCGGCGGUGAGAGCCGCGCUCCCCCGGCCGCGGGUCUGUGGAGCGCCCGCCGCCAUGAGGCACCUGCCCUACUUCUGCCGCGGGGGGGUGGUGAAGGGCUUCGGCAGGGGCUCCAAGGAGCUGGGCAUCCCCACCGCUAACUUUUCUGAACAAGUAGUCGGAAGCUUUCCAUCUGAUAUCUCUACUGGUAUAUACUAUGGAUGGGCCUGUGUUGGAAAUGGAGAUGUACAUAAAAUGGUUUUGAGCGUAGGAUGGAAUCCUUUCUAUAAGAAUAUUAAGAAAUCAGUGGAAACACACAUUAUCCAUGCUUUCAAAGAUGACUUUUAUGGAGAGAUUCUUAGCAUAGUCAUUAUUGGAUAUAUUCGACCAGAAAAAAACUUCAGUUCUUUAGAGGCACUCAUUUUGGCAAUUCAAGAAGACAUUGAAGAGGCAAAAAGACAGCUUGAUUUACCAGAACAUCUUAAACUCAAAGAAGACAACUUCUUUCAUCUGCCAGAAGGCAAAACGAACCUUGGCUGAAAAAAAAAGAACAUCUGUUCCUGAUGCCUGCCUGCAGUUGGACAUUCUCCGAUCCUCCAGCAGUUGCUUUGAUAAACCUUCAGAAUUUGUCAAGGCAGAGUUCUGAUUUUUGCACUGGAAAUUUCAUUGGCCUUUUUCUAAAUAAGCAGUAAAUAAUAUGAAUUUUCAUUUCCCUUUUCAGCAGCUUUGCAACCAGCUACCUUAUCCUGGCUUAUGUUUUAUUUUUUUAAAAUCCCUACUGGGUAGUUUUAAGUGCUGUAAUUUAAUAUCAGUUAUGCGUAUGAAGAAGCAAGCCAGAAAUAUUACUGAAGUAUAUACUUCCCUGGCAAGUAUAUGUUGCCAGGGAAAAAGGACCUUGAUCCUGGCAAGAGAGUUAAUGUAAUAUAAAAAGUAAAUAGCAGGGAGGUAAGGUUAAGCAGAGAAGCUGCUAACUACUGCUGAAGAAUGUCAAACAUGCUCAUUGUUUCUAAAACAAUUCAAGCCAUACUAUUACAAAUGCAGAUCUUUUUCAGUGAACUACUUUUUAUUUCCAUAAAAUCCUUGCCACUUUGGCAGCAUUUGUUGUUUUCUGCAAUAUUUGCUAGUUGCCACCAGAGGGGAAUGUACACAAGCAAUUGGGCUUCUAAUAGUUGGCACUGGAGGCAACCUCUAACUUUCCAGUCAAAAAUAACACUUAAAUGCCCCAACUUUAGUAUUGACAGAAGAAAUCGUACAAUUUUUAUAUAUUUUUUUAAUUUUUGGCAGUUAAAGCGAGUUUUUCCUUUGAUAGAGCUCUUACUGACUGGAAAUAGACUUUCGUUUAGUAAAAAAACACCAACCCAACACAUUUAGAAUAAUGUGAAACUUUUAAAUGUCAUUUUCUUAAAUAGCAAAAGGUUCCCCAAAUGGGACAAAUGUGCAAGAGAUGUGUUUACAAAAACCUGUGCAAAGUACCUGCAAUAAUAUAACGAGAGCUUUUCAAAGAAUAGCCUUACAAAGCUGAAAAAUGGUCAUGAAAAUGUAUUUCCUUGUUUUUUGCACAGAUGAUAAAUGGAAAGCUUGGAAAUGACUGUUUUUAGCUGUUGGGUUAUAUUUUGCUUUCCCCUAAAGGAUGCCAUUCUGUACUUGAGUAUCCAGCUUUCCUUUAAAAUUUCAUUUUGUAACUCCUAUGAUUGUGAGUGAAACUUGUAUAUGUAGAAGCCAGAAGUCUAAUAUGUAGAGUUGUAAACGGCCCAUAUUCUAGAAGUGGGACAUUGACUUGAAAAUAUACUGUAUUCUAUUA